AUGACGACGCCCUCAACAACCACACCAUCACCACCACCACCACCACCAUCCACGACCAUCACCGCCGCCCAAAUCCGACACGCGAUCCGUCCAUGGUUCAGCGACUUCCUCUCCGUCUCUUCCCUCUCUCUCCCAAUCUCCUUCCAGGAACUCUCCCUCCGUAUCCAGAAAAACCUAUACGCCUUCCGAGCCAAUUACCUCCUCAUCUCAUUACUUAUCUUCAUGCUAACCCUAAUUACCCGCCCAAUUACAUUAAUCUCCUUCCUUGUUAUCAUUGUCGCUUGGAUUUUCCUGGUUAGGGAGGAGCCUUUGGUUGUUUUCGAUUUUGAAAUCGGCCAACGAUUGCUUGUGAUUUCGUUGCUCGCGGGUACUGCUUUUGCCCUAGCUGUAACUAGGGUUUGGUGGAACGUUUUUCUGUCGUUCUUGAUCUCGAUACUUGUUGUUUGCUUGCACGCGAUUUUGAGGACCCCUGAUGACGCUGAUGACAUGGAAUCGCCAUAUGGGGCAUUGCUAUCAGUUGUUGAUGACGAUGGGCCUGGAAGAGGACCAUAUACUCUGGUGUGA